AUGGAUGAUACGUACGGACAAGUGAUAGCUGGUGGCCAUUGCGAAGCAAAUCGAUUGAAUCGAUUGAAUAAUCCAACCGAUGUGUUGAUCGAUAAAGAGACGGAUAGUCUCAUUAUUUGUGAUCAAGACAAUCGACGAGUCGUACGAUGGUCUCGUCGUAGUGGUACAACUCAAGGAGAAAUCCUCGUCGACAACAUCGAUUGUUGGGGAUUGGCCAUGAAUGAUCAGAGAUAUCUCUACAUCUCUGACUACCUGAAACAUGAAGUAAGACGAUAUCAAAUUGGAGACAAGAAUGGAACUCUUGUGGCUGGUGGCAAUGACAAAGGUGCUGGUCUUGAUCAACUCAACGAGCCGGGAUACAUCUUUGUCGAUCAAAAACAGGCUGUCUACGUGUCAGAUUGGGGCAAUAAUCGUGUCAUGAAAUGGAAUAAUGGUGCAAAAGAAGGAAUUGUCGUCGCUGGAGGUCAAGGCGAAGAGAAUGCUGUGACACAAUUGUCGCAACCUAACGGACUGUUCGUCGAUACAUCGGGUACCAUCUAUGUGGCAGAUGCGGAGAAUCAACGAGUGAUACGUUGGCCUCAAGGAAAGAAACAGGGCACUGUCAUUGUGGGUGGAAAUGGUGAAGGAGCAGGAGCAAAUCAGUUCAAAUACCCCUGUGGUUUGUCCUUCGAUCGACAUGGCAAUCUCUAUGUCGUCGAUAAGGGGAAUUAUCGUGUUCAACGAUUUUCAAUCGAAGAGACUCAAAAUUACGAUUAA